AUGCGGAAAGCAGCGGUUCCUACUAUCCGUCGCGCGACGGUGCAUGCGAAGGAGGAAGGCCGAUUCUACACUGUUGCGGGUCACUCUGAGCUGUUCCCUUCCGUGACGACGAUACUCGGCGUCAUCAACAAGCCCCAGCUGCACCUAUGGACCAAGUCGCGCAUCCUCAGCUUCGUCCGCAAGCGACUCAAUUUCCUUCGCGAGGAGAGCACCACCACGGGCAGAAUCUCGAUUACGGAGGAAUGGGUGGAGGAGACCAUCAAGGAGGCUGAGGAGCAGCCCAACGUCGAGGCCGACGUGGCCGCCCAGUUCGGCACCGCAUCGCACAACAUCAUCGAGAACGUGAUUAAAGGGCAGGAGCAGGAGGUGGCCCCCAAGUACGCGGUCGUGGUGGAGAACUACAACAACUGGCUCGCGCAAUCGGGCCUUGAGAUCAAGGAGACGGAGAAGUUCAUCUGGAGUGAGACAUACGCCGGAUCGUUGGACGCUUGGGGCCUGUACACGGGGCAGGACGGCCGCCAGCGGGUGGUCGUGGUCGACUGGAAGACAACGAACUACCUCCAGCCACAGUACGCGCUGCAGGUGGCCGCCUACGCCAAGGCUCUGGGAGAGAUGACCGGCACCCCAGUCGAGGAGGGUUGGAUCGUGCGAUUAGACAAGACGAAGCCCACGUGGCAGGCGAAGAAGGUGGCCGACCUGGACCAAACGUUCGAGGCCUUCCUCGGCGCGCUGCGACUGUGGCGCAGCCUCAAGACCGACCCCUACGCCAAGCUCACCUCUUCUCACUGA